CACUUGCUCUACCACGGUCCACCCUCAUGUGAAUCCCGACUACUUGUAAUCCCUUCUCUAUACUACAUGAAUCUUCCUACUUCCUCACCAUCUCUGGGGUUGACCCACACCUCCUUAUAUUUUUCUAUCCAACUACAACAUUAUUUUAUUUCCACACACGCCUGCCCCUUGUAUAUAUAUUCCACAAUCCACACUACAAACACAUUCAACACCUCACUUCAUCUCCUAUUUCUCUCUCUCUCUAACUCCAACAAUCCACAUCAUGGACGGAAGCUCCGUCGACGACAGCACCACCACCGAUACCCUUUCAAUGACGCUCGCCUCUCCCUCUCCCUCUCCCCCGGCCAAGUCGCCUGAGCUCGACGGCGUCGAGGCGGAGUCGCGGAAGCUCCCCUCCUCCAGAUUCAAAGGAGUGGUGCCUCAGCCCAACGGCCGCUGGGGGGCUCAAAUCUACGAGAAGCACCAGCGCGUCUGGCUCGGCACCUUCAACGAGGAGGACGAGGCCGCCCGCGCCUACGACACCGCCGCCCAGCGCUUCCGCGGCCGCGACGCCGUCACCAACUUCAAGCCAUUGUCCGACGACGAGGCGGAGGCCGCCUUCCUCAGCUCCCACUCCAAGGCGGAGAUCGUGGACAUGCUCCGGAAGCACACCUACGCCGACGAGCUCGAGCAGAGCCGCCGGAGCUACGGCGCCGGCGGGAGCAGGACGGCCGAGAGGGACGGCGAGAGGGCGGCGGCCAAGGCGCGCGAGCAGCUGUUCGAGAAGGCGGUGACGCCGAGCGACGUGGGGAAACUGAAUAGGCUGGUGAUACCAAAACAGCACGCGGAGAAACAUUUCCCGUUGCAGAGCGGCAACAGUUCCAAGGGAGUGUUGCUGAAUUUCGAAGACGCCAAGGGUAAGGUUUGGAGAUUCCGAUAUUCAUACUGGAACAGCAGCCAGAGCUAUGUGCUCACAAAGGGGUGGAGCCGGUUCGUCAAGGAGAAGGAUCUGCGGGCCGGCGACAUUGUCAGUUUUCAGCGCUCGACCGGACCGGAUAAGCAGCUCUACAUUGAUUGGAAAGCAAGGAACAACAAUGGGACCGCUUCCAACCCGGUUCAGGUGAUGAGGUUGUUCGGGGUCAACAUAUUUCAGGCGGAUUACUGCAGUGGGAAGAGGAUGAGGGAGAUGGAGAUUAUGGGCUUGGAUUGCACCAAGAAACAAAGGAUUAUUAAUGUUUUGUAACACUUGAUUUCCUUAAUUUCUUCGUUUUUGUAGUAAUUUCUUGUUGUUGAGUACUGCUGUGAAUGUGGUUGGGGAAAGGGGUGGAGGAGAAGGUGGAGUGAGAUGGCGAUGUCGCAACUUGCAAAACCUCCAAUUGUACAGUAAAAUAGACAAAAAGGAAGGCUAGAUCAACCUUUUAGGUUUUUUCAUAAAAUGGGAAUACAAACAACUCUCAAUCUUAUUAUUUUCUCA